AUGUCGAUCCAGUGGUCGCUGGGGACAGGCGACCAGGAUCCAAGAAAAAAAGCGACGCCGAGAUGUACUGACUACUGUGACGCUGAUGUGAGCGACGGCGACGAUGAUGGCGACAAGGACGAGGUCGAAAUGGAUGCUGCCGUGGAAUUGCGCUCCUGCCAGCCUUGCGGAAAUGCGACAGUCUGGGUCGAGACUGGGGAAGAGCUGGUCGGUGCGCGAUCGACGACAUGGGCGGUGGUCUGGCGGCGUGCUGGCGAAUGGGAGCACUCCUCCCAAGAUUGCGGUCGGCAGACGGGCUGGCGUGGGUCCUCAGGACGGGGCUGGACUGCCGGUGUUGGCCUCCAAGCUUGCGCCGCCGCCGGCUGGGGCUAG